AUGUGGAAACACCUAAUACUCUACUCCUUACCGGAGUCAUCGCUCACCCAGAGUGGUCGCUCUCUCAGUUGCCAAUUCCGCAAUGCCACAUCUCUACCAGUGCUCUAUCCAUCUCGGCGCCACUACUGCGCCAGCAAAAGCAGCAUUGAUGGAAAGAAAAGCUCCGCGAAGCAGCCUUCAUCCUCAGCACCGACAUCGCCAGCAAAUAGCAAAAUACAGUUUAAACAGAACCCGCAGCCUACACCGAGCCAGCCAGGCGACAAAGACUUCGUGCCACCACUUUUAAAUCGGCCGAUUGGUCUAGUCAUUCCGCCGCAGGAAGGGCAGAAUACAGGAAUUGACACACGAACACUUCGACAGCGACGAGAUGACUUUGUCGAUUAUAGUAGACACUUGGAGAGGAGGAAAGAAUUGACUCGACAAGUCGCGAAACCAUAUUUUCGAGAAUGGUCCAACCUGAAGUAUCACGAAGGAAAGACGUUUAAAUCGAACCCACGACUCUUCAAACGGGACAAGGCCCUUUUCUUCCCUAACAUGUACGGAAUCACGCUGGCAUCACCCAAGCUACCUCAGAAUACGACCUCGAUCCUCCGAGGAAAGGUAUCGAUCGUGAGCCUAUUUUCCAGUGUCUGGGCCGAGGCGCAGGUCGCUACGUUCACCGGACCGAAGCAGAACCCGGGUCUAUACGAGGCGAUGAAGAGCGGGAGUCAGGUCCAGAACCGGCUCGUUCAGAAAGUAGAUAUCAAUCUAGAGGAGAAUAGGGUCAAGGCGUGGUUGGUGCGCAUGUUCAUGUGGCGGAUGAGGGGGAAGUUGCCCGAGGAGCAGCAUCAGAGGUAUUUCCUCGUCCGCAAGGGUCUGACGGAUGGGUUGAAGGAGGCUAUUGGGAUGAUGAAUAGUAAAGUUGGAUAUGUCUAUCUACUGGACGAGAACUGCCGCAUCAGAUGGGCCGGUAGUGGGCCUGCAGAGGAGGUGGAGUUGGCGGCGUUGAAUAACGGUGUCCGGAAACUGAUCGAGGAAAGGAGAAUAAGCCUGGAGUCUGAGAUCCCAGCUGAACAGUGGCAGGAGAGGAGAUCGGAUGAGUCGAUGCCUCUGAAACCCAGAGUCGCUGUGAGACCCUGA